UCACACACCAAUUGGCUAACUUCAACUUUCUUAUCUUUAUAACAUCAUUUAAUUUCUAUAACAAUAAUUUUGUUUCAAUGGCAGUACCUUUGAUCAAUGACAACAAAGGAAUCAAAACAUUUGUGGUCGAUGACGGUCAUGGUGUGAAGGGUCUAUCAGAACUUAGGUUCAAAACAUUGCCCGAGUUAUUCAUCCAACCGCGCGAAAAAAGGCUUGAUAUGACCAAAGUGGUGCACCACGAGUCAAUCCCAGUGAUUGACAUGUCGGAUUGGGAAGAUCCCAAGGUGAUGAAACGGAUAUGUGAUGCAGCCGAGAAUUGGGGAUUCUUUCAAGUUGUUAACCAUGGUGUUCCCCUUCGGGUUCUUGAUGACGUGAAGGAGGCUGCGAAAGGGUUUUUUUCGUUGCCUGCUGACGAGAAAAAGAGGCAUUUGUUCAAGAAUAGUUCGACCAAAAACGUUCGACUCGUUUCGAGCUUUAUUCCGGAAGUUGAUAAAGUAUAUGAGUGGAAAGAUUAUCUUAGUUGUUUCUAUGUUUCAGAUGAUGAAACCUCUGCCUUUUGGCCAUCCGUAUGUAGGGAUCAACUUCUGGAAUAUCUGAAAGAGUCCGAAGCAUUAAUCAAGACACUAUUAAAAGUGCUAAUCACAAGACUUGACAUACCAAAACUCGAUGAAACCAACGAGCCAUUUCUCAUGGGUUCGAGACGCAUCAACCUAAACUACUAUCCGAUAUGUCCCAACCCCGAGCUCACCGUCGGUGUGGGAAGCCACUCAGACGUGUCAACCCUAACCAUCCUCCUCCAAGACGAAACGGGAGGUCUUUACGUUCGAAAACUCGAUAGUGACAAUUGGGUUCAUGUCCCACCUAUCAAGGGUUCUUUGACAAUCAACAUUGGGGACGCGCUUCAAAUCAUGAGCAACGGUCGAUACAAAAGCAUCGAACAUCAUGUGGUUGCUAACGGACUAGAGAAUCGAGUUUCGGUGCCAAUAUUCGUGAACCCAAGACCAAGCGAUGUCAUCGGGCCGUUGCCGCAAGUGAUCGCUAGAGGGGAGAAGGCUUUGUAUAAGCAUGUGUUGUAUUCGGAUUAUGUGAAGCAUUUUUACAGGAAACCACAUAACGGUAAGGAUACAAUCGAUUUCGCAAAGGUUUGAUCAUUUUUUGAUUAUCAUACGUUAUGAAUUUGAAUAUAGAUAUAACUAGUGGGUGUGUUGAUACGUGAAUGUUACAAUUUGUAAGACUCGAUU